AUUAAGUAUCAAUUGGGUUUCAUCAGAACCGGAGAAUUCUGUCUUCGGAAUUUGAAUAUCUUUCAGAUAAGCCGGCAGUGCGGUUAAUUGAUUCUGAUUUGGACCUGUUAAGUUGAAAGUCAAGAAUAAUGACAAACACACAACUAGUGGAGAUUCAACCUCGUGAACUCGAGUUCCCAUUUGAGGUGAAGAAACAAAGUUCAUGUGCAGUUCACAUAGCUAAUAUCACAGACCAAUACGUAGCUUUCAAGGUGAAGACCACAUCACCUAAGAAAUACUGUGUCCGGCCUAAUAUAGGUGUUAUCAAACCAAAGUCAACAUAUGACUUCACAGUUACAAUGCAAGCUCAGAGGACCGCUCCAUCCGAUAUGCAAUGCAAGGAUAAAUUCUUGAUUCAGUGCACAGUUGUCCCUUUUGGAACUAGUGAAGAGGAAAUUCCAUCCAGCAUGUUCAGCAAAGAUAAUGGAAAAUAUAUCGAAGAGUGCAAAUUAAAGGUAGUUCUGGUUAGCCAGUCUCCAGUUCUGCAGGCAGCUAAUGGAAAUUCCAAGCAAGGUGCAUCUAUUGAGACUUCAAUGCAACAGGAAAAAUUUCCAAGUGGAGUUGAAAAUCUUCCUCCAGCUCAAACUGUGGUUAAGAACAACAAGGAUAUUAAAUUUGACGAAGAAACAGAGGAGCCAAGAUUGGGUAAAAUUGUGGAUGUCACAGAUUUGAACUUUGCAAAAAAUAUAGAGCCCAAUAGUGAUGAGGUUGACGGAACAAUGUGUCAGGUGGUUGAGAACAACAAGGCUGCAGUUUUUGAUGCAGAAGAAGAGGAGCCAAGAUUGGCAAAGACUGUGGAAGACGUCAAGUUGAAUUCUCCUACGAUCAAGGAGUCUAAUACCAAUGAGGUUGUCAAACCAAGACAUCUAAACAUGGAGACAAAAUUGUCACUAUCGAAAGAUGUUGAGGAGCUAAAGUCUAAGAUAAAUUCACUGGAUUCUCAGCUAAUUGAGGCUGAACGCGUAAUUGCAAAGUUUAAAGAAGAGGAGCGAAUUACCAUCAAAGACAUGGAAACUUUGAAGCAAGAAUUGGCAUUACUAAGGACAAAGGGUGUUGGAAGGAGAGCUCAAGUUGGUUUUCCCCCGUUAUUCCUUUGCAUGGUUGCAUUGAUUUGUCUCACCAUUGGAUAUUUUUUACGUGCUUAACAAGGAUUUUGUUUGGUUUUGGUAUAUUGGAAUUGCUUAGGAGCUUACAAUUUCUUCAGCAUAUUGACAUUGCAUCUUUUUUAGCUGUCAACCUAACGAGUUUUUUUAAAAAUGAGUAGUAUGUAAAAGUGUUCAUAAGGAAAAAGAAAGUUUCAGUGAAGGAUGGAGUAAUAGUUAUGUAUUCUGGAAGCACUUUGCUAGAGCAGAGCAAAUGACAAUUGGGUUGGUCUAUUUUUUCCUGCUCA